AUGAACCCCGCCGCUGAGAUGUCGUCCGAUGGCGCGCAACUACGCCGGCGGCAGAUCCCAGCGCCCUCUUCCGAUGCCGCCAACGCCGAGGCUCCUGUCUCCAGGGCGAGUCCCUCUCCCGAGGACCCCAGGGUCGACAAGGGCAAGACCUUUGGCCGCACUCCAGACGGCACAGUCUUUGUUGUCCCCACGACACACGACAUGGUCUCGCAGCUCCUGGAUCCUCGGCAGCCCAAGAAUCUCUCCGAUCUCAUCGUCCUGGGAAUCCUGGCCAUGCACCUGCUUGCCGCCUACAUGCUGCCGCCCGGCUGGAAGCGGUCCGUCUUCGCCGUCGUCUUCCUGUUCUGGAGAGCGGCCUACAACAUUGGCAUCGGCCUUCUCCUCAACGUUCAAUCCAACCAUCGACGCCUCAUCACCUGGGCUCGGCGUUGGAAGCUCUUCGAGGACCCCAAGACUGGCGAAAACCCGCGGCCGUGGCUCUACAGGCUGCUCAAGCGCGAACUCGAGGCCAAGAUCCCCGAAGACUACGAGUUUGAAAAGGCGCCCAUCGAGUACAACACGUGGUUAGUCUUUCGCAGAUUUGUUGACUUGAUCCUCAUGUGUGACUUUGUGUCAUAUUGUCUGUUUGCCAUCGUCUGCGGCCACACCCCGAGAGGGGAGGGUCUGCUGAUGGGCGUUGCGCGAUGGGCCUCCGGCCUCGCGCUCGUCGGGUUCAAUCUGUGGGUCAAGCUAGACGCCCACCGCGUCGUCAAAGACUUUGCCUGGUAUUGGGGAGACUUCUUCUACCUCAUCGACCAGGAUCUGACGUUUGACGGCGUGUUUGAGAUGGCGCCUCAUCCCAUGUACUCGAUUGGAUAUGCUGGCUAUUACGGCAUCUCCAUGAUGGCCGCCAGCUACGAGGUGCUCUUCAUCUCCAUCGUCGCGCACAUCGCUCAGUUUGUCUUCCUCGUGACCGUGGAGAACCCGCACAUCGAGAAGACGUACAACCCUCCUCCGCCUAGGAAGAGGACCCUGUCCCGGAGCCAAAGUGACUCCACCGUGAUUUUCGACGACGCUUGGCCCGACCGCACCGCUGCUUCGUCGUACCCCCUAGCGACAGAGCUGCCCGCGGCCGUGCACGACAUGGUCGGCUUCAGCAACAUGGACCUGUUCCGGGUGCCCGACUGUUGCGUCGUCAUCCUCCCCCUGUAUGUAGCCGUCCUCACGCUCGUGACGCCGUCGACGCCCCUCUGGCAAGCCGUCUUUGUGGCUCACGCGCUAGCCUGGCGCGUGUGGUAUCAUCUCGGCCUCGGCAUCAUUCUCGACAGACAGUCCAAGACCAAGAUGUGGACUCGGCACUUCCUCAAGUUUGGCGAGAGCGCCGGCGAGGCGUGGCGCCAGUGGAAGGGCAUGCAGCACAUUUGCAUGAUCAUGUGCAACGCCUCCUUCAUCGCCGCCUGCUGGAAGAUGUACUCACCCCCGGAGGACUGGGGCUACGGCCUCGUCCUCCUCAAGCACGUCGUCGGCGCCUCGCUGGUGGCGCUCCAGCUCUGGACAGCCUUUACCGUCUACGAGUCGCUCGGCGAGUUUGGCUGGUUCUGUGGCGAUUUCUUCUUUGACCACGAGGCAAAGCUCAACUACACGUCCAUCUAUCGGUUCCUCAACAAUCCCGAGAGGAUUUUCGGAACCGCCGGCGUCUGGGGCGCAGCCCUCAUCACCUGGAGCCGGUCCAUCUUUAUCAUGGCCAUUGUCACCCAGAUCAUGUCCCUCUACUACCUGUCCUUCAUCGAGAGGCCGCACAUGCAAAAAAUUUACGGUAGGGGUCUGCGGAUGGAGGCCGGCCUCACAAAGUUCAUCAAGCGAUCGCUGCCGCCUCCCGUCAAGGGCUGGCAGGAGAGCAUGGACAAGGUCCUCGACGGCACCACUCACUUUGUCGAGGAUUUCAUUGAAUCUGCGCGGCCCAAGUUUGCGUCGGGCGUCAAGACCAUUGUGCGUGACACGUCGGCCCUCUUCAACAUGGCGCCAGCGCGAGUCACCAUUACGCGCAUCGCCCCGGACCUUGCCGGCCUCGACCCCAAGCAGUACACGCUGUCGGUUGCCGGCACCGCAUCCGUCUACUCGUCUACCAGGGACAGGGCGACGGGAAAGGAGAGCGUCACGGGCAGGUUCCCAAAGGCCGUAAAGACCAUGACCAACAAGGACUGGAUCGGCCUGUAUAUGGUGACGGACAAUCGUUCCAGGGAAGCUACCGAAGUGUCGUCUCUGGGCCGCUGGGCGCCGACCAAUGCCGGCACCUACGAUUCCCUGACCGCCGACAGCAGCAUCGUGACGCACGAGCAUGCCGUUGCCAAGACGGAUGAGUCAGAGCCCGACAAGGUGGAGGGUGAAGUCAUCUUCCAGGGCGACAAGCUGUGGUGGACACAAGGCGUGUUUGAGUUCCGAUAUCACCACGACGGCAACCACAGCGCCAUGGCCAUCUCGGAGCCCUUUGAGAUACGCAUUGCGCCCUUUGCUGAGGACGACGUCGACGUCGACGGCAAGGGAGUAUAUGCCAAGGCGGUCGAGUCGGCGAUUCUGCCCGUCAUCAAGAACUGCCUGGACCGGGACCCAGACAUUGCACCAGGCAAUGUGGACGAGCCGUUUGGCAGCCACGUCGAACGGGACAGCAAGUAUGCCAAGAGGAUCGUGUACGCGAUCCGCGAGAUGUUUGGCAUAGAGUUCGCCCCAGCCGUCGUGCUUGCCGACCGAAACGUGAGGAAGCUUGCGUGGAGAAUCUGCAAUGCCAAGGAGGUCUUGGCUCCGUAUAGUAUGUCCCACUCAAAGGGUACCUCGACGCCCGCGGUGCAGGAGUUUGGGGACGACAAGGCGUGA